GCAGCCAGCAGUGCGGGCACGGGCCAGAUCACGGGGCUGGGUGAGCGCGGCAGCGGUUCUAUGAUGUCCGCCCCUCAACCCCACCGAGACCAUGACACGCUCCGGUUUAAUUAAUAUGUCGCGUCCUCGGUCUUAUUUUAUUUCAUUUACUGAAUCAUAAUCUAAUUUAUUUUUGUAAUUUGAAUGUAUUGUCUCCGCCCGCUUUGUUUGGCGACCGAGCAGUCUUUCUUGUGAUUGUUCCUCAGUUUAUUCUGAUGGCGGAGACUAAAAUUAUUUACCACAUAGAUGAGGAGGAAACUCCUUAUUUGGUCAAAUUAUCAAUAGCACCUGAGAAAGUCACGUUGGCGGAUUUUAAAAAUGUGCUCAGCAACCGUCCGGUUCACAGCUAUAAAUUCUUUUUCAAAUCCAUGGAUCAGGAUUUUGGGGUCGUCAAGGAAGAGAUCUCAGAUGACAAUGCGAAGUUGCCAAGCUUCAAUGGGAGAGUUGUCUCCUGGCUGGUCCUGGCGGAGAGCUCCCACUCUGAUGGCGUGUCCCUGUGUACUGACAACCACCCUGAGCUCCCACCACCCCUGGAGAGAACAGGGGGCAUCGGAGACUCCAGACCCCCCUCAUUCCACGCACACGCUGUGAACAGCAGAGAGGGGGUGGACACAGAGACAGGAAGUGAGUCCCUCCUGAGCCACCGUAGAGAGAAGGAACGAGAAAGAGCCAGACGGAGAAGAGAGGAAUUCCCACGUGUGAAUGGUCACUCUAAGGCGGAGCGUGCGGUCAGAGACUCAGCGAUGGGGUGUGACAGCGUUUCUAUGAUGAGCAGCGAGCUCGAGUCCAGCUCCUUCAUCGACAGCGAGGAUGAGGACGCCAGCAGACUCAGUAGUUCCACAGAGAAGAGUUCUUCUUCCCAGCUCAUGAGACGACACAAACGCAAACGUCGACGCCAGAAAGUCACCAAGAUAGACCGGUCUUCAUCAUUCAGCAGCAUCACAGACUCCACCAUGAGCCUCAACAUCAUCACCGUCACCCUCAACAUGGAGAAGUAUAACUUCCUGGGCAUCAGUAUAGUUGGUCAGAGUAAUGACCGGGGGGACGGGGGCAUCUACAUCGGCUCCAUCAUGAAGGGGGGAGCAGUGGCCGCUGACGGACGCAUCGAACCCGGAGACAUGCUGCUACAGGUGAACGAUGUGAAUUUUGAGAACAUGAGUAACGAUGACGCAGUCAGAGUUCUCCGAGAGAUCGUCUCCAAGCCUGGACCCAUCAGUCUAACAGUGGCUAAGUUGCUGGGACCCCUCCCCCGUAGUUACUUUGCCAUACCUCGUGCUGAACCGGUACGGCCCAUAGACCCAGCUGCCUGGAUCUCUCAUACUACCGCACUGACCGGCUCCUUCCCCCCAAUACGGUAUGGGAAGACAGACAUGGCAACCAUCGUCAAGGUGAUGCAGCUGCCUGAUCCGGCCUGGAGAUACAGAGACCGCAUGUGGCUUCAAGAUCACCAUUCACUGGUGCUACCAUCGGUUAGUGUGUGUGUGUGUGGUGUGUGGUUUGACUGGCUGUACUCCCGAGUGGAGGGCUUUAAGGAUCGGCGUGACGCUCGGAAAUACGCCAGCAGCCUCCUGAAGCACGGCUACCUCAGAACACACAUCAACAAGAUCACCUUCUCAGAAGCAUGCUACUACACCUUUGGAUACCUGUGUCAGAACAUGGCUUCUCUGAAUCUGAACGACGGCUCCAGUGGGGGGGGCACAGAGCAGGACACCCUGGCCCCUCCCCCUCCCUCCACCAACCCGUGGCCCCUGGGGGGCCAGCCCUUCCCCUACCCGCCCUACUCCACAGCGCCCCAGGGCUUCCCCCCGGGCUACUCCGACCCCUGCCACAGCUUCCACAGCGGCAGCGCAGGCAGCCACAACAGCGAGGGACGUCGCAGCAGUAGCUCCAAUCCUAGUGUGGGGCGGAGUCAGUGUCUGUUGCCAAGGGAACGGGAGCGCAGAUCACCAGGCAGCGGCAGAGGCAGCGGAUCAGAGGCGGGCACACAGGGAGAUGGGGGGCGGAGUCAUCAUUCAGCCAGUCAGAUGAGCCACCACAGUCACACUCUUAGCCACACCCACUCAGCACAUAGCCACACCCAGUCAGCACAUAACCACACCCAGUCAGCACUUAGCCACUCCCAUUCUGCACUUAGCCACUCCCAUUCGACACAUAGCUACUCCCAUUCGACGCAUAGACACACCUACUCCUCCCACAGCCGCCCCCGCUCCUCCCACAGCCACGCCCACUCAUCUCAGAGUCACACCCACUCCCACCGGAGCCGCCUCCCCAACUUGCACAGCCACGCCUCCGUCACAUAUAACCACGCCCCUUUCUCAAGACACGCCUCCGUUGCCCCUAGCGAACGCAGUCAUAGCCACGCCUCCUCCUGCGGGCCGCCUGGGCUGCCCCCGCCCCAAAGCCUGUCGCGGCACACACACACACGCGCUCACACACACACGCACACACACACACACACACACGCCCCCAAGGUCCCCAUGUGCAGCGGACCCCCAGGGGCCCCCCCCACACGAGAGCUUGGCUCCGCCCCCCCCGAGCUCUUGGCCAGCCGCCAAUCAUUCCAGCACGCCAUGGGCAACCCCUGUGAGGUGUUCGUGGAUAUCAUGUGACAUGGCUCAGACUUUACACACACACACACACACACACACACACACACACACGCCAUGGGCAACCCCUGUGAGGUGUUUGUGGAUAUCAUGUGACAUGGCUGACACUAUAGACACACACACACACAUACACACACACAACAUACACACACACACACACACAAACACACACACACACGCCAUGGGCAACCCCUGUGAGGUGUUCGUGGAUAUCAUGUGACAUGGCUGACACUAUAGACACACACACACACACAAGCACAACAUACACACACACUCAGUCACACACACACAACAUA